AGUAAAGCGAUCAUGGGCUCUUCUUCUAGAAAUCUCUAUGCAAGAAUUGGAGAAGGUCAAUCAACUUCUAGGCACCACUCUUUGAUGGCACCAACUACUCUUAUUAGAAGGAACGGAUGAGACUCUACAUUUGUUCCACCAACUUCCAAUUGUGGUUGGUGAUCAAAAAUGGCGAAGAAAUCCCUAUGAAGAAAGUGGGAGAAACCACGGUCCCAAAGACCGAAAACGAAUUUGAUGCCGAGGACAUCAAGAAGAUUGAAAACUAUGCAAAGGCCAUCAACAUGCUAUAUUGUGCGGUCAACCCCGAUGACUACCGAAAGAUCUCCUGUUGCACAACCGCCAAGGAGAUGUGGGACAAGCUUGAAGUGACGUACGAAGGUACCGAUCAAGUUCGUGAAGCCAAGAUUGAUUUUCUCACCCAAGAGUACGAAAUGUUCCGAAUGAAAGAAGGUGAGAAAAUCGAUGACAUGUUCGACCGGUUCUCAAAGAUCAUCAACGAUCUUCAUGCUCUCAAAAAGACUUACGCCAACAAGGAUCUCCUGAGGAAAAUCUUGCGGAGUCUCACACACGAAUGGAGGUCAAAAGCCGAUGCAAUCUAUGAAUCCAUCGGAGUCUCCAACGUCACCAUCAACGGGCUAAGAGGUAACCUUAAAACCUAUGAAUGUACUAUUCUAACCCCGUCUUUGGAUGAACAAAAGAAGAAGGGGAUAGCUCUCAAAGCCACUAAGGAACCGGUGGAAGAGGCUUCAAGUGAUGACGACAAUGAAUUCGGGCUCGUCAUCAAGAAGUUCCACAAGUUCAUGAAGAAGGAAUUUGAGCGGAAGGAAGGAAGCACGACGGUCCUCCCAAGUGCUACGGCUGUGGCGAGAUUGGCCACAUCAAGCCAAGGUGUCCAAAGGCCAAACACGGCAAGGAUAAGCCUGGCUUCAAGAAGCAAAGGGCCUACAUCUCUUGGGGUGGCGAUUCUGGUGACGAAUCAACCGACCAAGAGGAGGACGAAGCUGCAAAUCUCUGCCUCAUGGCGCACGAAGAUCAAAGCGACGACGUCCAAGAG